AACCAGUUAGACGGUGUCAGUAAAAGUAAAACUAGGCAGCUCCAUUUUGUGUCGAGGGGAAGUAAACCAUUUCAGGAGUAAAAACACAGUGAGUAUCUAAAUCUAAAGCUAUAAUAUAUAAACACACUGAAUGUACACCAGAUGCAGAAGAGUUUUGUGGAUUUGUACUUAAGUUUGAAUGUACACAGGUUGUUUUAUGACUUGAUACAGUGACUAUUUCCUGUAAGUGAACAGGACUUAAAGAAAGACGAGAGGUGAGUUACUUUUCCAUUCACCAGCAAUAAAUACACACCGUCUCAUAGGAACAGAUCUGUAUCUCUAAACAUUCACUAGUUAACAGAGGAACUAAACUUUGGUUUAAGGUGUUUAAUAGGAGUGAAUAUAUCACUGAUCUAAGAACAGUUUAGAGAAAUCAUUCACUGAGAGAAGAGUAAAAAGGACUGUGUAAUGUGGAGGAGAAGAGCAGUGUAGCUUUGAGUCAGUGAACUCUACAGGUUUCAACACCCAGCUGAGUCAGUUAUCUGUGAUUGGGACUCCUGACAUCAGUGUAAUUCCUGAGGUAUGAGGCGUGUCUCCUGUUUGAAUAAGUGUGCAGACUGUAGCUGAAUUAAAAAGAUGGAAUUAUUGGUGUUUAAUGAUGAACACAUUGUGUAACAGUGCUGAGACAGCAGAGUAUUAAUUAUUGCUGAUAUUUCUGUUCUAAUUACAGAAUGAUGGAGGGAAAGAGAUCAGACUCACCAGAACCCAGCUGUGUGUCCAUGAAGAGUGAGGAGUCAGUGGAUCAUCCACUUCUGUUCAGAGACAGAGCCAGUUCUCCUGAUGUGAGACCACAAAAGAAGAAAUCAAACAUCAGCAGAAAUCAGCUGGACUCCAUAUUCAAGGAGCUGGAACACAAAGUCAUCACUCUGAUAAAGAAUGAGCUAAAGAGGUUUAGGAAGCUCCUGAGUCCAGAUUACCCAGCAUGCACUGAGAGGGAGGAGGAGGAUGAGAAGGAUCUGCACAGUGUCAGAGAGGGAGCACUGAAGAUCACACUGCACGUCCUGAAGAACAUGAACCACACAGAUCUCGCUAACACACUGCACAACAAGUCUGUGUCCUCUGUGUAUCAGACAGAGCUGAAAUCCAGCCUGAGAGAGAAGUUUAAAAGAAUUAAUGAAGGAAUCUCACAGCAUGGAAGCUCAGCACUUCUGAAUGAGAUCUAUACAGAGCUCUACAUCACAGAGGGUUGGAGUGGAGACGUCAAUAAUGAGCAUGAGGUGAGACAGAUUGAGACAGCGUCCAGGAGACCAGCAACACAGGAGACACCAUCAAAUGUAAUGAGCUUUUUAAAGACAAGUCCAUCAGAAGAGUGCUAACUAAAGGAAUUGCUGGAAUUGGAAAAACAGGCUCUGUGCAGAAGUUCAUUCUGGACUGGGCUGAAGGAAAAGCAAAUCAGGAUGUCACCUUCAUGUUUCCACUUCCCUUUCGAGAGCUGAACCUGAUGAAGCAGAGAAAUCUCAGUCUGAUGGAGCUUCUUCAUCACUUUUUCCCAGAAAUGAGAAAACUAGAAUUACUAGACUCCUACACAGUGGUGUUGAUCUUUGAUGGUCUGGAUGAGUGUCGACUUCCUCUAAAGUUCCAGAGAUUGUGUGAUGUGACAGAGUCAGCCUCGGUGGAUGUGCUGCUGACAAACCUCAUCAAGGGGAAUCUGCUUCCCUCUGCUCUCCUCUGGAUAACCUCUCGACCAGGAGCAGCCAAUCAGAUCCCUCCUGAGUGUGUAGACCUGGUAACAGAGGUACGAGGCUUCAGUGAUCCUCAGAAAGAGGAGUACUUCAGGAAGAGGAUCAGUGAUCAGAGCCUGGCCAAUAAAAUCAUCACACGCAUGAAGUCUUCAAGAAGCCUCUACAUCAUGUGCCACAUCCCAGUCUUCUGCUGGAUCUCAGCCACUGUUCUAGAGAGAAUGUUGGGUCAAGCAGAGAGUGGAGAGGUCCCCAGGACUCUGACUCAAAUGUUCACACACUUCCUGAUCUGUCAGAUCAAACACAAGGACCGAAAGUACCAUCAGAAAUGUGACCCUGAUCCUCAGCAGACCAAAGAGAGUAUCCUGGCACUGGGGAAACUGGCUUUCCAACAGCUGGAGAAAGGAAACCUGAUCUUCUAUGAGGAAGACCUGAGAGAGUGUGGCAUUGAUGUUGGAGAAGUUGCAGUGUACUCAGGAGUGUGUACCCAAAUCUUCAGAGAGGAGUUUGGGCUUCACCUGGGAAAGUCAAACAUGUCUGAUUUCCUCAGGAGUGCAGUGGACAAGGCCUUACAGAGUGAGAAUGGACACCUGGACCUGUUCCUCCGCUUCCUUCUGGGUCUCUCACUGGAGUCCAAUCAGACUCUCUUACGAGGCUUAAUGCCCCAGACAGGAAGCAGCUCUCACAGCAAACAGGAAACAGUCGAGUACAUCAAGGAGAAGAUCAGGGAGAAUCCAUCUCCAGAGAAAUACAUCAAUCUGUUCCACUGUCUGAAUGAACUGAAUGAUCAUUCUCUAGUGCAGGAAGUACAGACUUACCUGAACAGAGGAGGUGAGCGUCGUCUCAGGGGAACCAGACUCUCUCCUGCUCAGUGGUCAGCUCUGGUGUUUGUGUUACUGAACUCAGAUCAGGACCUGGAUGAGUUUAAUUUGAGUAAAUAUGACCAAUCAGAGGAAUGUCUUCUGAAGCUGCUGCCAGUGGUCAAAGCCUCCAGAAAAGCUGAGCUGUGGGAGUGUAAUCUGACAGAGGAAAGCUGUAGAGUUCUGUCCUCAGUUCUCAGCUCAAACUCCUCCAGUCUGAGAGAACUGAACUUGGGUAAGAAUAACCUACAGGAUUCAGGAGUGAAGCUGCUGUCUGCUGGACUGGAGAAUCCACAUUGUACACUGGAGAUACUGAGCAUGUAUAACUGCAGUAUUACAGAUGAAGGUUGUGCUGCUCUGGCUUCAGCUCUGAGGUCAAACUCCUCAUCACACCUGAGAGAACUGAAUCUGAAGGGUAAUAAUCCAGGAGAAUCCGGAGUGAAGCUGCUCUCUUAUCUACUGAAGGAUCCACACUGUAAACUGGAGACAUUAUACAUUAAGAAGCACAAACUCACCAGGACUGUUGUAUGACAGGAGUCUCAUCUCAAUCCUCUUCUCCAGGAUAAAGCAGUUUGGUGAAGAGUUAGAACCCGUCCCACAUUUCCAGUAGUUUGGGAGCUGAAUCAUUAAACAUAAAGGGACAGAGCAGAUACAAAGCCAAGAACAGGUAGAAGGUCAUACACAGGAGAAAUCAACACACGUAACGAAAUAUCUGCUGUACAAAGCAACGGCAAGGAUUUGCCCCGGGGAUGGAGACUGACAAGGCUUAAGUACACGUCUGGAAAUGUACAGUCGACUGAUCCCAAAGCACUAGGCAGGGGCAGGCAUGUUAAUGGUAAAUGGUCUGCACUUAUAUAGAGCUUUUUUAACCUUAGUGGUUCCAAAGCACUUUACACUGUUUCACAUUCAUGAGGCUUGUGCCAAAGAGUAGAUGUGAAAAUACAGUGGAAAAUUUCCUUUGCAACCUGCCAACCUUUGCUGUGUCAUGAACACAGUGUCUUGGUCAACCCAGGAGAUGAUUUAGAAAAGUGCCUAUGCAACAGUGAGUGUUCAGCAUGCAUGGAGGCACUGGUUCUGUAUAUAGUGUUACAUGAAAUAACACCAGAAAUAACACAAAUCAAUACCCUCGUGCACAUCUCUCUAAUGGCCUGAUGGUGUCCAUGUCAAUUGUUUCAACUGGGACCUUGAAUAAAGGUAAUGGGCACAAUGGUGCUAUUGGGGUGGUCAGUGGAUUUGCAGCUGAAAUUAGUAGCCUGGUAACAAUUGCUUCCACAGCUCCUUUUUGAUGCACCAGUCAACCUAACACUACCCAUAUGAGUUGAUGUUUGGCCAAAAACCUAAGCUACUAGUGGAUAGUUUGCUUGAUGAUAGUGAAGAAAGGGAAGGAGAUGGUGCCCAUUCAGAUUUGGUGUCCCAACACCAAAAGUAUUUCACCUCCAUUUAUACCAGUUCCCGAAGGCACUUGGAGAUUGUGGUCAUUCACCGUAGGACCAAUUGCCCUGACUCAAUAACAAUACUACCCCCUGGCACUUUAGUGUAUUGUAAGAAUCAUUUUCAUGGUUGCCGUAAUAUUCAGGUUGUCUGGCGCUCCACUGUGUUUGAGAUUGUGACCUACAUUGAUGAAGUGGGAACACUGUAUAAGAUCAGACCAUAUGGAGAAGAUGGCCCCAUUAAAACUGUCCAUUGCUCAGGACGUAAGCCUGUUCUUACCUGGCAACAAUAUGCCAGGUAAACCAAUGGGUCAGGUCUACUGGCCCUUUCCAGCCCCAGGAGUGAGUAGAACCAGAAGGACCUAGAAUUGGAGAUUAUUCACAAGUGGCCAUAGUCCACACGAGAAUGGAUGUAAGGAACUGUUGGGUCAAGUCUAUGUUGAUUCUAGUUCUCAGCCCUCAGUGCUUCAGUCUAGUCCAACAGGGGUACAAAAUGAUUACUCUCUUAUGAGUAUAGGUUCAUCUUUUGUGUCUCAACCCCAGGUGACCACACGAGAGCAAGAGUUGAAUUUAGAAACUUCUCUAGAUCUUCAUAUAGCUCAGUCACUUGAUCCGUCAGGAAUGGGUUUAGUUUCUAGGCCAUCAUUUAGGCAUUCUACUCAUGGGACUCUCAGUGUUCACCGGGAUGGUGACCAUUAAAGGUAGGGGUGAAUUUGGCAAAGUUGGUUGGAGGCGCUGAUGCACAUGCCCACUAGAGGGUGCACUGAUUCUUUAUACUCAUCACUUCCUGUCUAUAGAGCCAUGUCCAGUGCUUGAAUCCUUUGCUACACUGGGAUUGUUGGUUGCUGGAAGAACAAGUUCCAGAUGUGUGUUAUAAAUGUGCCAACGCCAUUCAUACCCACCUGGAGAGGCUAUUAUUUCGGGGGCAUGGUAGCAUGUGGUCAUAAUUUGCUUCUAUCGCAUUGAUUGUGUGUGGGUGUGAAGAUGAAGAAAAAAACAACAACAAUACAAUCAAACCCUUAGGUGCUUGUUGAAUAUCCCAUUAUAGAUUUAGUCCCCCUUUGCUGUUAUAAUAACCUCCACUCUUCUAGGUAAUCUUUCCACUUUAUUUUGGAGCAAGGCCUUUGGGAUUUGUGCAUUUGAGCAUGUAUUUCACCUCCUGAAGAGGAGACUAAAGGGGGAAAACCCUCAAAAUAAACAACUGAAAGAAGCUGUGGUAAAAGCCUGGAAAAGCAUCACAAAAUACGAGUGCACCAAUUUGGUGAUGUCAGUGGAUCGGCGCUUAAUUAUUUAUUGCAAGGAAGGGAUAUGCAACCAAAUAGUCUUCAAGGAAAUCAAAGUAAAUAACACUCUGUUCCAAUAUUUUUGCUCACCUCAAAGUGUUCUAAGUUGUUGAACAUAUCUAAAUGUAUAUAUCAGGAAAUUAAAGCUUCAAUUUUGA